AUGCUCCGUGCCCAAGGCGACGAUCUUGAACCAUUUGAUUCGGAGAUAGAACGUACCUUCAGACGAAGACGCAAGGAACACAAACAAAAACAGCAACAUCAAAUGGCUGACAAACAACAAAUCCAUAUCCCUAUUCAGCCGAUUGGGCAAAUGGCCGCAAGAGUGGUGGCACCACCAGAACAACAAUAUGAACGAAGGGAAAUAAAUGAAGGGGAUUUGCCAGUAUCAAUGUUCCUGACACCUAUAGCAGCACCCAUGCGCUCCAGUAUCGUUUAUCCAGAUUUUGGGGUGAAUAACUUUCAGAUCAGGCCAGAUUGGAUUAAUUUGAUGAGCAACACCUUGCAAUUUUACGGGCUACCUCAAGAGAAUCCAAAUACGCAUAUUUCUAGAUUUCUCAGAAACUGUCAGAACUUUCAUGCUCCGGGAGUCAAUGAAGAUGCUAUUAAACUACGACUAUUCCCAUUUACAUUGAGAGAUGCUGCAUUGGAGUGGUUAGAUGCUGAGCCUCACGCUAGCAUUACUACAUGGGAAGAACUAAUCAGGAAGUUCUGUAAUAAAUUUUUCCCACCAGCGAGGGUAGCUAAAAUCAGAUUAGAAAUUCAAACUUUUCAACAGAAAGAGGGAGAAAGCUAUCACGAAGCAUGGAAUAGGUUUAAUGAGUUGAUGAGAAAAUGCCCAAACCAUGGAAUUACUAUAGGUAAUCAAGUGCAGUACUUCUACACUGGACUUACACCACUGUCACUGUCAAAAUCUCAAGUCGAUGCCUCAGCUGGAGGAUCAAUUAUAGGAAAAUCUGUGCAGCAAACCAUGGAACUGUUUGAGUUGAUUGCUACUACACAUUCCAUGUUCUCAUCGGAAAGAGUGGCGCCACCAAAGACAGGAGGAAUGUAUGAGUUAGACAGCGCAGCAGCUACCAACGCCCAAAUAGUGGCAUUGACAAAACAAGUGGAGUUAUUGGUGAAAUCACAAACGAAAGGAGCACAUGCAGUGACAGCUGGCUAUCCCGACGAGCAGGUCAAUUUCAUUCAGAAUGGGUCUCAAAAUUUUAAUCCAUUUGCUCAAACAUACAACCCAGGAUGGAGACAGCACCCAAAUUUCAGAUGGUCAGAUAAUCAACAAGGGAACAGUUCAAAUAAUGCCCAACAAGAGAAAAAACCAAGUUUGGGGGAGAUGUUCAACCAGUAUAUGCAGAAGACUGACAAGGUGUUUCAGCAGAUUGACACUAAUUUUCAGAAUCAGCAAGCAUCAAUCAAGAAGAAGGAAACACCUGCAGUGAGAGCACCCAGCCCCGUGAAGGCUUAUGUGCCACCAAUUCCAUUCCCUCAAAGGUUACAAAGAAAGAAGUUGGAUAAUCAGUUUGCCAAGUUUGUGGAGAUUUUCAAGAAACUGCACAUCAAUAUUCCUUUUGCAGACGCAAUUGCCCAAAUGCCCAGCUAUGCAAAAUUCUUGAAAGAGAUCCUAUCUAACAAAAGGAAGCUGGAAGAACAUGAGAUAGUCUCUUGGAUUAGGAGAAGCAAAACCUACAACAAUCUCGUUGCAACUGGCAGACAGAUCGAUCAAACGACCAAAGGGAAUUAUUGA